AUGGAGUUCCGGCAGGAGGAGUUUCGGAAGCUGGCGGGGCGCGCCCUGGGGAAGCUGCACCGGUUGCUAGAGAAGCGUCAGGAAGGCGCAGAGACACUGGAGCUGAGCGCCGACGGUCGCCCAGUGACCACGCACACACGGGACCCGCCUGUGGUGGACUGCACCUGCUUUGGCCUGCCGCGCCGCUACAUCAUCGCCAUCAUGAGCGGCCUGGGUUUCUGCAUCAGCUUUGGCAUCCGCUGCAACCUGGGUGUGGCCAUCGUGUCCAUGGUCAACAACAGCACGACCCAUCGUGGGGGCCACGUUGUGGUGCAGAGCACAUACAGGUCUGUCCACAAACAGGAGGCAGUCACCCCCACACUUGGGGAUGUUCAGGGAGGGGAUACUGAGAAAGCCCAGUUCAACUGGGAUCCAGAGACUGUCGGCCUCAUCCAUGGCUCCUUUUUCUGGGGCUACAUUGUUACUCAGAUUCCUGGAGGAUUUAUCUGCCAAAAAUUCGCAGCCAACAGGGUCUUUGGCUUUGCCAUUGUGGCUACCUCCACCUUAAACAUGUUGAUCCCCUCAGCAGCCCGUGUCCACUAUGGCUGUGUCAUUUUCGUGAGGAUCUUGCAGGGAUUGGUGGAGGGGGUCACAUACCCUGCCUGCCACGGCAUCUGGAGCAAAUGGGCCCCUCCCUUAGAACGGAGUCGCCUGGCGACGACGGCCUUUUGUGGUUCCUAUGCCGGGGCAGUGGUUGCCAUGCCCCUUGCUGGGGUCCUGGUGCAGUAUUCAGGAUGGAGCUCUGUCUUCUAUGUCUAUGGCAGCUUCGGGAUCUUCUGGUACCUAUUCUGGUUGCUGGUCUCCUAUGAGUCCCCUGCACUGCACCCCAGCAUCUCAGAAGAGGAGCGCAAGUACAUCGAGGAUGCCAUCGGAGAGAGUGCCAAGCUCAUGAACCCUGUGACGAAGUUUAACACGCCCUGGAGACGCUUCUUCACAUCCAUGCCCGUCUAUGCCAUCAUUGUGGCCAACUUUUGCCGCAGCUGGACCUUCUACCUGCUCCUCAUCUCCCAGCCUGCCUACUUUGAAGAAGUGUUCGGCUUUGAGAUCAGCAAGGUGGGCCUGGUGUCUGCGCUGCCCCACCUGGUCAUGACCAUCAUCGUGCCCAUCGGGGGCCAGAUUGCCGACUUUCUGCGCAGUCGCCGGAUAAUGUCCACCACUAAUGUGCGAAAGUUGAUGAACUGCGGGGGCUUCGGGAUGGAAGCCACACUGCUGCUGGUGGUUGGAUACUCACACUCCAAGGGUGUGGCCAUCUCCUUCCUUGUCCUGGCUGUGGGCUUCAGCGGCUUUGCCAUCUCUGGGUUUAACGUGAACCACCUGGACAUUGCCCCUCGCUAUGCCAGCAUCUUGAUGGGCAUCUCCAAUGGCGUGGGCACACUGUCUGGGAUGGUGUGCCCCAUCAUCGUGGGUGCAAUGACCAAGCACAAGACUCGGGAGGAGUGGCAGUAUGUGUUCCUCAUCGCCUCCCUGGUGCACUAUGGGGGUGUCAUCUUCUAUGGGGUCUUUGCUUCGGGAGAGAAGCAGCCGUGGGCAGAGCCAGAGGAGAUGAGCGAGGAGAAGUGUGGCUUUGUUGGCCACGACCAGCUGGCUGGCAGUGACGGAAGUGAAAUGGAAGAUGAGGCUGAGCCCCCGGGGGCGCCCCCAGCGCCUCCCCCUUCCUAUGGGGCCACGCACAGCACAGUUCAGCCUCCGAGGCCCCCGCCCCCAGUCCGGGACUACUGACCACGUGCCUCCCACUGAUUGGCAGUUUCCAGGACCUCCACUGACACACCUCUAGCCUGGCGGCAGCGUGGAAGAACCCGACUCCUCUCUGCCCUGCCUCAGGCCUAGGAUGCAAGUCUCCCUCGUUCGCAGUGCUGUCCAGCCAACCCUCUUCCCUUCUCUCCUCCUCAAGGGGUGAAGCUGCAGUAGCGGUUUCACGGAUACCCAACCCCCCGGAGGUUGUUCUCCGCCUGUCUGCCUGUGUGGUUUCAA